AUGAGGGGUGUGAAGCAGGGAGAUCCUAUCUCCCCAGCUUUGUUCAUAUUGUCUGCAGAAGUGUUAUCAAGAUCCUUGAACAAAUUGUUUGAAGAUAGGCAGUUUAGAGGAUUUGGGAUGCCAAAGUGGUCUGAUCCAUUGAAUCACCUUGCUUAUGCAGAUGAUACUAUUAUCUUUGCCUCAGCUGAUGCUUACUCUCUUCAGAAGAUAGUUGAUGUCUUGGCAUUGUAUGAGAGAACCUCUGGCCAGCUGAUCAAUAAGGCAAAAAGUUCCUAUUAUGUGCAUUCAAAGAUUGCUGCAGAUUUGAAGAAUGCAGUAGCCACAAUAACUGGAUUUUCUAAAGGGACCUUCCCAUUUACAUACUUUGGAUGUCCAAUAUUCUACACAAGGAGAAGGAAGAACUACUAUAAUGACUUGAUUCAGAAGGUGAAAGCAAAGCUGCACUCAUGGAAAGGGAAGCUUCUAUCAUAUGGAGGCAAGGCUACAUUGAUCUCAAGUGUACUGCAAAGCAUACCAACUCACAUAUUAUCAGUACUUGAUCCACCAGAUAAUGUGAUUGAGCAUCUCCAUAAAACAUUUGCAAGAUUUUUCUUGAGUAAUAAGGAAGAAGGGAGAAGUAGACAUUGGACAAAGUGGCAGAAUCUAUGUCUCCCUAAGGAGGAAGGGGGAAUAGGUUUUAGAUCUUUAUUUGAUGUCUCUAAAGCUUUAUUUGCAAAACUGUGGUGGAGGUUCAGGACCUCAAAUCGCUAUGGUCCAAUUUCAUGUGGAAUAAGUAUUGCAAGAAGGAAUUACCAACUGUGGUACAGUUUAGGGAGGGAUCACAUGUGUGGAGAAAAAUGCUAG